GAGGAGAAAAAGAUGAAGAAACUCAUGAAAGGCGAUGACGGGGAGAAGGCCGAUUCGGUGAAGGGCAAAAAAAAGAAACAAGCGCCGACACCUGAUGUCGAACCACGGCCAGCCAAAUCUGGGAAACCAGCAGCCAAGCCAACCUUUGCUCGUUGCAGAAUGGUAGCCCCUCCCGCAGACGACAGCGUCAAGCUCGACCUGCAUUUGCCUGCUGCCCGGGACAACAGUGUUAGUGUCAAGGCACCACUGAAGACUGAGGCCACGGGAAAGAUAGCCUUGCUUCCAGCUGGUGCCGCUGAAUCCAUAGAGCUGAAGCAGACCCAGAAUGUUAUGGCAACUGAUCUGACGGCGGGUUGGUGCGAGCGUGUAACGACCAGCGUACGCAGGCAAUCGGAAACACCUGCCAUAUGCAAGACUGCAUCCUCAAUGCUUGAAAGUGAUCAGCCUUCGUCCUUGGAACAGGCACUAGACAAAAAAACAGCUGAAGAUAACUCCAUCAUCCUUGACAAGCAGUCUUUGAUUAGUCACGACGACAGUGACUGCUACGCUUACGUGUCACAACAACAACAGAGAAAGCAAAUCAUGCAGCAGAUUCUCCAGGAACUCUCCUCGGAUGACGAGAGUCCGCCUCAGACCGGCAAAGCCCCAGGCGUGCUCAAGGACGAAACUGUAACCAAGAUGGUCAUCCCACCGAAAGGGAUCUCCCUGGCUCCAUCCAAAUCGUGCUGGUUGGAGACAUCUGCCGAAGACCAACUCGAGGUUGCCCAGGAUAAAGGUAUGGUCGUGACAAAGGAAGAUGAAGUCUUGGACGACGAACCCAGCAGCCUGCCAGAAACAACUUUCCUAUUGGGCAAACAUACUGAUGAACAGAGCAGCACACAGUCUUGCCAGAUUGAGAAAGCAACUGAUGAAAUCAAAGAGGAUUGGGCACAUUCUCCAUCUGUUGAGCGUGAGGCCACAACAACGACUCCUGAUGACAGUAAACCUCAAGCCGCAAACCGACUGGCCAAUGAUACUGACGUCCAAGAUAUCGAAGACGGCGAUGAUAACGAAGAGAAGAAGGGUGAACAACUGGAUGUGAAGACAAAUGUCUCUAAGAAAGCAUUGUGUGCAAUCAAGCAAAUGGAUGAUGAUUACAACUCGUGGGAUGAAGGUUCAGAUGAAGAAGAGUAUAUUAAGACACAGGUGGAGAAACCAUCAACUGGAUACACAACGAAGAAAGUUGACUCGAUGGAUGAGCUGCUCAGAGAAUUUCCUCCAUCUAGUGAGGGCAAUGAAAUCAGAACAGUAGAUGGCCAAAAAGGAACACGUGCUAGUGACAGAGCUGGUUCACCAACUGAAAGAGAUGAGAAGGUAGAACGAAAGGAAGAGGGUCUGACGGAGUUUGAAGCCAUAGAACAAAUGCUACAACAGUCUUCUUCAGAUGACUUAUUUGGAAUUGUUGACAAAGUGACGUCGUGCAAGGGCAGCAUUGCUAUGCCCCUGACACCACAGCCACAGACGGUUACCUCACCGAUGAAAAAAGAUGUGAAACUUGUGGAGUCAACCGAGGACGAGUUGUGCUCUUUAACAGACAAAGAAGAAAGAGACAUUGUUGUGGAGAAUGAAAUGAAGAGUACGGGCUCUACAGAUUACAACCUUGGCAGGUCAGCAGAGCUGAGCAAAACUACAUCCCUGUCAACACAGUCGAAAAUAUCUGACUUGCCUGUAAAGCCCGAGACCGAUGCGGAGGAUUUGUUACAAAGGGGGUUGAACUCAGUGGCCGCAUGCAAAGAAAAUGAGGUGGCCGUGAAGUCUGAAACAAAGACAACAAAAUCUACAGGUGAUACAACAAAACACCAGCAAGUCGACUCGGGAAACAAAACUAGAUAUGCAGUGGACAAUAACUCCUCGAAACCAACAGAGGUUCCUGAACACACCAAAGACAAAAUAGACAGGGACAGUGCUAGCGAGGAUACCAGGAAAAGAAAGAUACGCUUCAGCGAUGUUUCUCGUGGACCGACGAUCACAGGGCAACGACGAGGGCCGCUAAAGGGAAUCUUGAAACAGAGACCAUGUGCCAAUGCAUCCCCAGAGCAAAACACUGAGUGGAAGUCAGGAACAGAACCUGCUGAAGACUUUCUUGCAGACUGUGAGCGAGCAGAUGCAUCGAAAGAUGUUACGCGAGACGUCCUUUCAGAAAUAAACGCUACAAAGCCUCAUGAGGAUGCACGGCUGGUGAGGAUACACCAUGAAGACGCUCAUUUUGAUGUUCCUGAUACACAUGAGGGUUCGGUUGACAGUGGGCGCAGUCCACAAGAAUCUUCCUCCGAGUCCGAAGAUUCGUCAACUCCAACCAUAGACCUUGAUGCAGACAUGGAGGACAUCAAGUGGUCCGAGGCCUUCUUGAAGGGCUUGGACGAGGAAACUGACGAUGAAAAUGACUUCUUUCCUCCCAAGAAGACCGAGGCAUUUCAAGAUGGUGUCCAUAGUCCAUCGCUGGAGUCUUCCUCUGAAUCAGACGUACCUGUAGCCUCUCCCGUGCAUGAUGAUUCGGACGCCUCGGAAACGAUUGGGUCUCAGACCCUUCUAGAUUGUGACACACAGGGCAAACUCAGAGACUCCCUGCUUCAAGCUGGGAAGCCAGAUAGCGCUAAAGCGUUCCAAGAUGCCGAGGUUCCCUGCUACCUGAGAGAUGACUUCAACCCGGCUCCUGAACAGAAGCCAUUCAAGAGAUGGGAUCCGAUGGCCGCCAAGAAGAAAUUGGACAAGAUUAGUCAGUCCAAGAAGAAACUUCCAGAAUCGCCAACGCCGCGGUGGCUGAAGACAGAUUUUAACCCAGACGGCAGUGGAUCGAAACGCGAGGUUUGGAAAGCGCCAAGUGAGAAACCUGUGCUCUGCUCCACUCCAGACAAAACAGCUUCUGGUGAUGCAGAUAUCGACUGUGGCUUAAUGACCGACAGUGGGAAAGAAAACUUAAGGAAACAAAGUCAGAACGAGUCUCAGAGAAUUCUUGACUCCAUGAGAAGUCAGGAGAAGUUUCAACAAUCCUCAAAGACGGUGACAAAUCCACCACCUUCGACUCCCGCCCCGACUGACAAAGAUCUUCCACGCUUUCUUAGGCCCGACUUCGAUCCCGCCCCGGAACAGAAGCCCUUCAAGAGGUGGAAUCCCGUCGAAGCCAAGAAGAAGUUCACCAAAAUUGCCAACAAGACCAAAUUGCCCGAUGCUACCAAGAAGACGGGUCGGGCACCAGGAGGUCAACAUGCUACCGAAACUCCUUGCUGGCUUCAACCGGACUUCGACCCGUCAAAGACCGAACCCGUCACAACACCUGCAUUGCAACAGUCUCACCAAGCACCCCAGUGCAACAAGCUGUCCCAACGUGAUUCAGAACGAAAGCAGAUUCCUGAUACAAGCCUAGACAUCUCGUCAGCACCGAUGACGGAGAUUCUACAUCAACCAGAGGCGGCAUGGAAUGAGGAACUUAGACCGACGGUGGAUGACCCAUACGCAGAUGAUCCUGCAGCGAGAUACGGGGCCAGCUUGACUUACCAGGAUGCGGCUGAAUGGAUGCAGAUGGGAUCAGGCCACCUACUACCAGACCACCACUGUGCCUUGAACCAGACUGAGAGAUCGUUCCAUCAGCAGCAGGCCCCGGACGAACACACCGAAGUGAUGGCCCUGGGCUCGUCUAGCGUGCCUGCCUGGCUUCAGAGCCAACCCCAGCCACCGCAAGACGCCCGGCCCGGACACAUGCCAGCUCUGCCUGGUGUGAAGCCCAACAACGCUGGGCUGUCACGUCACCGUGACCGCGCUGUCGCGCAGGAGAGGCAGACGAAGCAGGACUCCGGUGUUCGAACCAUAGGUCUACAGCCCAGAGCUCCCCCGUCCAUGCCGGGUAUGAAUCCCAGACGACCCGCUAUCACGCCAAAAUGGAUGCAGUCACAGUUGAGCUCCGCACUCCCCCAAGCCACGCCACCGAGCCACCGACCGCCACCGAACUUACCCAGCGGCAUUCAAGUGCUUGACUCAUCCGGUGCGCCAUCGUGGCCUGAUAUCAGUGCAACGCCUCAGCCAAGGGGAACUCUCAACAAGAUGCCUGCGCUACCGGGAGUCAAUGCCAGCAAGAGGCGACAACAUCGUCAGGAGGUUGAAACUGUUGAGCCCCUUCCGAGCGGACUGACAACCAUUGAGCCAAUGGCUACUCUAGGCACAAGGUCACUCGUGGGUCGCAUGAGUCAUCCUUUGCUCCUGCCCACUAAUUCCGCCCCUCCAACGUCAAUGCAAGCAUUUCCUGCUGACCAACCAAUGCAACAGGUGACGGCAGCGUCAGAGAGGAGCUUGUCAUCGGGGGCACCGAGUCCUGAGCCCCCAAGAUACAACUGGAUGAAACCGGAGUACGGCCAGGGUGGGACAGCGUGGCUGGACUCGACAAACGAGCGACGGACAUUGCUCAACUCAAUAGCGAGAACACAGGCCGCUAGGCGGCUACGUAACGUGUAA